AUGUCUUUGAGCACGAUAUCACACACUCAUUUGAACCAUGACGAUACUAAAUCGCUGUCGCUAUCAAGCCGACAUGGCCAUUCCCAAGGCCGUAGCAUGGAUGUUACGGCGUCGACUCUGCACAGAACCAGUCCUCUCGAUCUAGAUUUCGCCAAGAUUCGACCACUCAUUAAAUCGGGAGCGUACCUUGAACCGAUCGACACAAAUGUUCGCACCUCGAGCGACACUCAGGCCGUCUCUCCGACUACACCAAAUGAUCCCUCAACGUUGAGAUUCUCGUCCAACGCUGGCAUCAUUGAGCACUAUUCACAGUCUUGGAAUACUCAACACAACCAAGACGAUCGAGCAGAGCACGACUUCUCCGAGUUCGAGCAACUCAUCGGCCCCACAGCCGGCCAUGCUCCCCGGUGGCCAUUCAUCAAUGACGAUAGCCUAAAUACACCAGUUUCCCCAGAUACAGAGCCCUUAUUCCUAUCCUCCCGUACUCCAAUGACAAGGCCAAGGCCAAUAUACCAGAUCCAUGAAGGUCUAGAAGAUCUCGCCGAUCUAUAUGUUCCGCUACUAGAUUCAGUGCCCGAAACUGGGGAGGUAGAAACACAGCCUCCACGACCUCCACCUACACCCCGAACCGGCCACGGCAAGGUCAUGACUGCAGCCGAGUUCGAAGCUCUCCAAAAGCGCAAGGCCCGAGAAGAAGCUGAAAGGCGCUUCUACGGCAGCGAAGAAGAGGAUGAUGAUAAAGUAGACUACGAGUGUAUCGACGAUACCGAGGCUGUGAAUAGACAGAAAGCGCAGCGUAAGAAACAACAGGCGUAUCUCGAUGGCGGCUAUCGACAACAGAUGAUGAAGAGCACAAAUGGGCCUGAUCUCCCACCAUUGCGCGGUCACUCGCGCAUCUCUUCGUCGUGGUCUAUGAAGUCAUUCAAGACGUUUCAAGGUUUGCGAGAAGGCAACACCCCAAGGCAUGACAACGAAGAUGAGGAUGAGGAUGUGCCUUUAGCACUACUGCAGAUCCAACGACGGUCAGGCAGUAAAGCUCCAUCCAUCAUCAACUUCGGUCAUACGGGGAGAGAAUCCAUCUCGCAGCUCCUACCUCAUGACAACAUGAGACAAAACUCACGAACACCAAUGCCCGCAUUUGCAAUGGGCCUUCCGCAAGAUAUAUUCGCAGCGGCACCCCAAACUGCCUGGCCUAUGAACAACCAGCAACUCAUCCCAGGUGGUUUGGUCGGCGUCAUAGCGAGCGAAGAGCGUGCCAAGAAGGCACGCCGUGCCCCCCCAAGUACCGGCUUCCAACCUCUGCCUGACACCAACGAGGCUUUCAACUGGGGUCAGGCAGCGACUCAGCCGGUCGGAAUAGCGCAUUCUUUUGGCCUACCAGGGACGCAAACGCCGAUGGCCUUCUCCAGGCCUCAAACUCCAGUUGCCGUCCCUCAGCUGCCCCCACUUACUUCCAACCAAGAGAUGUUCAACUUCUUGCAGGCUCAGACUGAGGUUCUGAGAUCCAUGGCGACCAUGAACCAGAGAAGCACCCAACCUUGGAAUGCCUUCUCAGCUCAACAGUCAGUCAUGAACAUGGGGCCACCCGCUGCCGGGUCGGCGUAUGCUCCGUCCCUUUAUGCCCCUUCGAACUAUACAAAGUCGAAUUACGCCCCGUCAAAUUACGCAAGAUCUGUUUAUCAACAGCCCGGGGGAUAUGCAGCCUCGGUGGCACCAUCAGAACGCAACACGGUUGGUCUUCCAAGCCGUUACAGGCCAGUCUCCAAAGCUGUGAACCAAACACUUUCGGUAAAAGCGAGCAAGGACGACACGAUCUCUCUCAGUAACUGGAACAACAACAGAUCUAAUAUUCCUCGUACUAGUGUUGCCGUUGAGCAAGACAGCACCGAUGAUGAUGACGAUGACGCAUUCUGGAGAGCGAAAAGGGACAAAAGAGACAGAAGAAGGGCAAGGUUCAUUCAGGAGAAUGAUUUAGGGAUAAAGCCAGAAUGGAUCAACUAA